UUGUUGGGAGAUAUCUUGCUCGAUCGUUCAAAUUCGGCUGUGAUGACUCGAUAUGUUUGCUCAAGGGAAAACUUGAGGAUCCUCAUGAAUCUUCUUCGGGAAUCGAGCAAGAGUAUUCAGAUCGAAGCAUUUCAUGUUUUUAAGCUAUUUGCGGCUAAUCAGAACAAGCCCCCAGAUAUCGUCAGUAUUCUCAUCGCUAACCGAAACAAGCUAUUACGCCUCUUUGCUGAUUUUAAAACCGAGAAAG